AUGAUGGGUGGCACUCUGAAGACAAAGAAGGACCUGACUCCUUUGGAGAUCGUGUUGGAUAAGGAGGCCUGGAUGGACGAGAUACCUGAGGAUGACAUGUCCGAAGUUCAGAAGGCUGCCUUUGCUGAGUACCAGGCGAAGGAGAAGGCGCUCGCGGAGGCACAGGAAGCCUACAAGAAGCAGCUCUCCGCUGAGCUGAAGACGCUACGUGCAGGUGUGCAAGACUUGACCUUGCAGUUCGAGGGCUUGCUCAAGAAGCUGCAUCACGAGCGCUUCGCACACGAUGCCAAGUUUCUUUGUCAAGAACUGUACUGCGCCCGGCUGCAGCUGGCGCUGCUGCAGAAUGUCGAGGACAACUUGGUGCGGGAGCAGGCGGAGCUGGACUUGGAAGUGUCCAAGCAGUCCGUCGAAGAGUGCGAAGGCCGAGUGAUCGCCUUCACAUCCGAGGUCCAGUCCGCCAAAGGCGAGCAGGACGAUCGGGCGCGUUACGAGAAAGAGGUGUCCUCGGCACAGCACUUCCGGCAAGCUUUUGCCAACUCCACCUUGGAGGCAAACGCCAUCACGGCGCUCUUGCAGCUCUUCAGAAAGAAGCCGGAGAAAGAGCGACAAAAGGAUCUGCUGCGCGCCAGGUCCAUGGCAGACGACGCCGGGCGCACUGCGAGGAAGAGCGUUACAGGCAUUUUGUUGCCGAAGGGGGCUCCGUCCUACAACCCAUCGGAGGUGGCAGGUGAAGCCUACGUUGACCUCGGGGUGGAGCAAAAGGCUGCUCCUGAGCAGAUCCUGGAGGACGACAUCAAGUUUGAGGACUGUCCAGAAGGUGUGGACGAGGAGAGCUUCAAGCGCAUGCUGGACCUGCGCGCCGAGAAGCUCACGGCGGAGGCUGCGGUGGCCAAAGGGGCCACGGUUCUCACCGAGAUGGGCAGCUUCCUAUCUCACCUGGAGCGCGAGUCCGCAGAUGCCAAAGCCGACAAGGAUCGCCUUGAGAAGGAGCUCCGAGAGCACAAGGAGUUGAUGAGUCGGGAGCUCUAUGACAUUGAGAUCUUGUUCAAGCUGAAGCAGGGCCAGGUCGAAGUGCCGCAAGCCGCUGUGGUAACCGACUACUCCGACGCCAUUGUCAUCAACCAAGAGGUGGUGGAGUCCCGCAACAGGAGGAUCACGGACCUUGGAAAGGACAAAGUUCACAUCCUCACCAAGAUCAAGGAGUUCAGAAAGUCCCUGAGCUUGCUGGACUGGGAGCACGAGAUGCUAUCGCUGCAAACCACCGACUUGGAGGAGAGGACCAAGGACGUCCACAUGUUGCGUGUCACGAAGGAUCUGCAAUCUUUGCUCAAAGGCGGCGAGGAAGGCAGAAACAAGGCAGAGUCGGACCUGCUGGAAAGGAAGAUCGAGCACUUGAGCGAGGCGACCGAGAAGAAGGAGCAGGCGCUGAAGAAGCAGCACUCGAUGCUGACCCACGCUGCCAAGCUCCGAAAAAACGAGAAUGGCAUGCUGGAGAAGAAGCUGCGGGAGCUGCAGCAGAACGUCAUCCAGCGUGAGCACAUCCGGCGCCUGCGGGGCCCCGCAGCCUCGCCCCAGAAGAACGCCUCUGGCCGCGCGGAGGAAGAUGAGGGUGCGGCCAAAGCAGCGCGCGCUGCCUUCAAAGAGUUGCGAAGCCGCCAAAGACUCAUGGAGGCUGCCAAGAAGAACACCGAGGAGAUCGAAGUUCUUCACAAGGAAUUGGACCGCCUGCGGCAAAGAACCUUCCCAUCCUUUGUGCAGCUGCAUGAGGAGAGAGCUGCCAACCCAGACUACAGAUGA